AUGUUUGAGAACAAAGGAAUCACACUGGCAGCAAACAAGCAGGAGAAUCAUACUGGCUUUUUCAACCGAGCAACUAAAACACAAAAGAACUCCGCUCGUGGAUCAACUACUGAAGACACAACUGGUUUUUUUUUUUUUUUUUUUUUUUUUUUUAGCGUUGUCUCCCGAAGGCUGACCGAGUUCCUCCUCAGGAACAACUACAUCAACCCUUCAGUGCAGAAGGGUGGAAUGCCUGGAGCCCCCGGCUGCCUAGAGCAUACAGGAGUAGUUACGCAGCUCAUCAGAGAGGCACACGAGAGCAGAGGUGACCUUGUAGUGUUGUGGCUGGACUUGACCAACGCCUAUGGGUCGAUCCCUCACAAACUGGUUGAGCUUGUGUUACAUCGCCACCAUGUUCCCGGUAAGAUCAAGGACCUGAUCCUGGAUUAUUACAACAAUUUCAGACUCAGGGUCACUUCCGGCUCAGUAACAUCAGACUGGCAUCACCUGGGGAAAGGCAUAAUAACAGGCUGUACCAUCUCUGUGAUCCUUUUCGCCCUCGCAAUGAACAUGGUGGUCAAGGCUGCCGAGGUGGAAUGCAGAGGGCCCCUGUCGAAGUCUGGCGUCCAACAGCCCCUGAUAAGAGCGUUUAUGGAUGACCUCACCAUUACAACAACAUCAGUCCCAGGGUGCAGGUGGAUCUUGCAUGGUCUGGAGAGUCUCAUCACAUGGGCAAGGAUGAGUUUCAAGGCCUCUAAGUCGAGAUCCAUGGUGUUGAAGAGGGGGAAGGUGAUUGACAAAUUCCGUUUUUCCAUCUUAGGAAUAGCAAUCCCAUCCAUCACCGAACAACCUGUCAAGAGCCUGGGAAUCUUCGAUUCCACCCUGAAAGACACCACUGCCAUCCAGAAGUUCAGUGAAGAGCUUGGAGCUUGGCUGACCAAGGUGGACAAGUCAGGCUUGCCUGGUAGAUUUAAAGACUGGAUCUACCAGCACUCCAUCCUGCCCCGAGUUCUUUGGCCCCUCCUCGUCUAUGCAGUCCCAUUGACAACAGUGGAAUCCCUCGAAAGGAAGAUCAGUGGCUUUCUUCGGAAGUGGCUGGGCCUUCCCCGCAGCCUCACCAGCGCUGCUCUGUAUGGGACGAGUAAUAUCCUGCAGCUGCCCUUCAGCGGGCUCACUGAAGAGUUCAAGGUGGCACGCACAAGAGAAGCCCUACAGUACAGGGAUUCCAGGGACCACAAGGUGUCAUCAGCCGGGAUUGAAGUGAGGACAGGAAGGAAGUGGAAGGCAGAGAAGGCAGUGGAGGUGGCAGAGUCACGCCUAAGGCAGAAGGCCCUGGUGGGGACCCUGGCAACAGGAAGAGCAGGCUUGGCCUACGUCCCAAAGAUCCAGGUCAGCAAGGCCCGGGGCAAGGAGAGACACCAGCUACUCCAAGAAGAGGUCCGAGCAGGCCUGGAGGAAGAGAGAGUGGGCAGGGCAGUUGGACUCCAGCAGCAGGGAGCGUGGACAAGGUGGGAGAGCGCAUUGCAGCGCAAAGUUACCUGGUCAAACAUCAUGCAGGCAGACUUCCAUCGUGUCCGGUUCCUGGUGCAGGCAGUCUAUGACGCCCUCCCAAGCCCAGCAAACCUUCACAUCUGGGGGAAGAGCGAGACACCCUCCUGCCCCCUCUGCUCCGGAAGAGGCUCGUUAGAACAACUCCUCAGCAGCUGCCCAAAAGCCCUGGCUGAUGGUCGCUAUCGGUGGCACCAUGACCAGGUGCUUAAAGCAAUUGCGGAGAGUAUAGCCUCAGCCAUUAACAUCAGCAGACACCAUCGCACUCCGAGGACAAUCCCCUUUGUUAAGGCCGGAGAGAGACCUAUGGCAAGGCCACAGGCAAUAACAGGCCUCCUUCACACAGCCCCCGAUUGGCAGCUGCAAGUGGACCUGGGAAAACAGCUGAGGUUCCCACAGCAUAUUGCUCCAACAUCCCUCCGACCAGACAUGAUCAUAACAUCUGAGGCCACAAAGCACCUGAUCAUGAUGGAGUUAACUGUGCCAUGGGAGGAGAGGAUCGAGGAAGCCAAUGAGUGGAAGCAUGAAAAGUACCAGGAACUGGUGGAGGAGUGCAGAGGUAGGGGCUGGAGAACAGUCUACGAGCCCAUAGAGGUCGGCUGCAGGGGCUUUGCAGGACGUUCACUCUGCAAAGCCCUCGGACGGCUGGGUGUCACAGGGACGGCCAAGAGGAGCGCCAUUCAAUCGGCUAGUGAAGCCGCAGAGAAAGCCACAAGGUGGCUAUGGAUUAAGAGGGCUGAUCCGUGGGCUGCUACUGGGACGCAAGCCGGGGCUUGAUCACCCCCGACUGGGUCGCCUGGGUGAGGGUGUCUGUUGCAAAACCCGAAACACCCUAUGACCCCAGGGAACAACACUGAUGAUGCGUCCCAGUGCAUCCAGGAGAUGUUUCUUAAAGAGUACCCUAAUACAUCUGUACAGUCACUUAGAUUAAGGCCAGUUCAAUCCGGUCCACUGUCCUUCACGGUUUCCAUAAGAUUGGAUUAGCCUUACCAGUAUUAACAAAUGUCUUUGGUUUGACCUUGGCCUAGUCAUAGUGAUAACCCUCAGGACAGUUUUCAGGUGAGGUUGAGUUGUAGCUCUGGUUGUGGAGGCCUUGUACUUAUCCCAAAUCCCUACUGAAAGUCCUUUGAGCUUUAGUUGUAGUACCACUAAAAAAAAAAUCUCCUUGCCUACUUAAGCAAACAGGUAACAAUAAUUACAUGCAGGGAACAAAUAGCCAUGAGCAUAUACUAGCAUGGCAUAUAAGCAUAGCAUAAUAGCAUAGCAUAACACCCAUAGAUAAAUACAUGAGGCAGAUUGUGUGUUUCAAAUAACUAAAUGCAUUCACCUUUAAUAUCAGCAUUAACAUAGCCUAUAUCAAACACAACAACACUGUAAGAGCAGAGAAAAGAGCAGAGAUCAUUUUUAAAGAACUUUUCAGACUGGCUGAUGUCUAGUAUUUCUAGAAAAUCCACCUUCCUCAUGAUGCCAUCUAUUUUCUGAAGUGCACCAGUCCCUUUCCAGCAAAACACCCCCACAACACAAUGCUGCGAUGCCCCAUGCUUCGCAAUUGGGAUGGUGCUCUUCAAAUUAAAAGCCUCACCCUUUUUCCUCCAUAUAUAGUGCUGAGUAUUAUGGCCAAAUAGUUACAUUUUUGUUUAAUCUGACCAUAAAACACUGCCCCAAAGGCUAGUCUUCUUCCUGGUGAUCAACAGCAAACUUCUGUCUGGGUUUAUGUUGGUCUUGGAGUAGGGGCUUCUUCCUUGUGCAAACGCCUUUCAGGCCAGUGUGAUGUAGGACUCUUUUCAUGGUAGAUGUAACACAAUGCCUUUAGCUCAUUCACCUGCUCCUUUGCUGUUUUCCUGGGUUUAGGAGUUGAACCUUUCUGACAAAAGUUCAUUCAUCCCUGGAAAUUAAUUUUAUGCCUCCUUCCUGAAUGAUCUGUGUGGUCCCAAGAUUUUUAUAUAUAUAUAUAUAAAUUAAUUUUAUGCCUAUAUAUAUAUAAUGUAUGUAUAUAUGCAUACAUUUGUUUGUACAGAUGCUUGUGGUACCUUCAGGUGUUUGUAAAUUGCUCCCCCAGAAGAACCAGGCUUAAGGAGAUCCACAGUAUUUUUUCUGAGGUCUUGACUGAAUUGUUUGGAUCUUCCCAUGUAUAAGAAUAACCCCUUCACAACAUCUAGACAAGUCAAGAACACUCUCGAGCAGGUAUGUGUAUCAUUGUCAAAGUCUACAACCACUGGUGACACUCAAGAACAGAAAGACCAGAUUAGACUUUCUAAAACAUCUAAAAAAGCCUACAAGAAUGAUGGGAAGAGAAAAGUAUGGAGAAGGAAAGGAAGGGCUCAUGAUUCAAAGCAUACCACAUCAUCUGUCAAACAUGGUGGAGGAAGUGUUAUGGCAUAGGCAUAUACUGUAUGUAGAACUGGACCACUGGUGUUUAUUGAUGAUGUGACUGCUGAUAGAAUUAGCAAGAUGAAUUGUGAAGUGUAUAGAGCUACACUUUAUACACACUCUAUACACAUCCGGGGAAAGACCCGGAUGUGAGAGGACGCUGGCGUCUUUGUGAUCGCCGCUUCUCCAUCUGUCUAUCUUUUUGUUGUAUUGACCCUUUUUAUCACAUUUGUAUCAUUAUACUCUCAGUUAUUAUCGUGGUAUGCUCUUUAGUGUUUGGACUGCGAUCGAUUUCCUUACGGAUCCUCAUUACGGAUUACUGCCUUGGAGGUUUUUUGAGCUCACCUGUUGGCGUUUCCCGGCUCUGGACUACCUGUCAUCGGACCUGUGUGCUGCUUUUCCAUCUAUUUACUGGACUGUCCAUCUGGCAAACCCCUACUAUCAUCCUGGUUAAAUCGAGCCCCGUCCAUCAGUUUUCUACGAGCGGCAUAGUCCAAUCUGCAGUUGCCGGGUGCUUGUAGCCAGCGGCUAGCGCUAGCUGGCUACUAGCGUCACAGCUACUGCUGUCGGGGGCUAGCUACUAUCACUAGCACUAGCUCCUGACUCCGACGCCGUUUCCGCAUGCUCGAUACCAACCGGUUUGUGGCACACACAGUGCUCCAUGUCCUUCAGCCGGGCCACACUGCUCUGUUUGAUUCUCUUGUCAGCAGGUCUGCUGUUUAAGAGUUACCUUGCUGCUCUACCGUUCUCCGACAUGGCUCUAAA